GAUCAAGAAAAAAAAAUCAAAUCAGCAAAAAAAAUAGCAUGUGUUCAUUAGUCUCAGAUUAUUUUUUGGGAGAGUAUCUCAACCUUGAUACGUUUCUAUCUAUGCUACCUUCUUUAUUUUUCAAUUUUUAUUAUAUUAUUAUUAUAAAUACUCUCUUAAAACCCCUCAUUGAGGGUGUCUUAAAAAAACAUAAACUUUCAAACAAACAAAAACAUAAAUUAACAUUUUUCUUUCAGAUCAAAGCACUCUACUCUGGCUAGAAACUCCAAAUUCCCAGACAAUCUGAAUCUUUCCUUUCUCUUCGCCAAUUGUGACGGGAACAAAACAGUUCAGAACAAAAGAAAUAUAUAUGGCUAGAAGAAGAAAACCGGAAGUGUGGCUUAAUAAUGAACUAGAUAGGAUAAGCGAAUUGCCUGAUCCUUUGAUCUGUCGAGUACUUUAUCAUCUUCCCACAAAGGAUGCUGUAAGAACGAGUGUUCUGUCCACCAGAUGGAGGACUCUCUGGCUUUGGGUUCCUCGUUUAGGAUUGAAUUAUCGAGUCUUCCAGAAAAAAGAUGCCUUGGUUAAUUUUGGUGACAGGUUUUUCGAUUCCGACAGGGUUUCAAGCAUAGACAAAGUUGAGUUAGAUGUGGAGUCAAAUAAAGGUGUAGAUUCGAAUAAAGGUGUAGAUUAUUACAAUUCUUACGUCACACCAUGGAUUGAUGCAGCAGUUAAGCGAAAGAUCCAACAUCUAGAUGUUCGGACUGAUCCAGAUAGUCCUCAUAUCCCUAAAUUUUGUUACAGGCGGUUUAGGGCUUAUUUUCAUGGGAUGCCCCUAAGCCUUUAUGUCUGCGAGACACUGGUAUCUUUAAAACUCGAUGGUGUCUUCUUGCGUGAUUCAGAGUUUAUUUCCUUACCUAGUCUGAGGAUUUUGCACUUAAUAUCUAUGAUGAAUCCCAACGAGGCCACUUUCGAGAGACUUAUCUCCUCAUGUCCUGUCCUUGAAGAGUUGGAAGUUGAUAGCUCUCUGAAUGAUGACGUAAAAGUCUUUCGGGUGAUCUCUAGGUCGUUGAAGAGGCUCAGUGUACAAGAAUGCAUGUCAGAAGUUGUGAUCGAUGCUCCUCGACUAGGCUUUUUGAGCAUCGAUUCUAGCCUAUCAGGAAGCUAUAUGAUAACCAAUACUAUGGAUACCAAUGUCAAAUUUGUUAUUCGCCUCGGAACUUAUUUUGGGGAUUUUGAUGAAACAAGCAUUUUAUCAAACAGAAAAAGAUUCUGCAAUUGUCUCUCUGGCAUUUCCAAGGUCAGGGAUAUGACGAUACUUGGAGUCGGUUUGAUGGGUUAUUCAUGUUUGAGAUGGUUACCGACCAUUCUUGAGAGCUUCCCCAACCUGAAAUCCCUCACCUUGGAAUGCGAUGAACUUCAGUUAGAGGAUAUGGAUGAAAUCAAUAUUCCGUAUGUGCCUCAGUGUUUGCUAUCGUCUCUCGAGUUUGUUGAUUUCAAUGUCCCACUCUCAAGCGUUGUUGGAGAAAUGAACAUGGUAAGGUAUAUCCUCGAGAAUUCGGCAAUCCUCAAGAAACUCACUCUACAUUUGCAUAAAGAUUGUUCAACAAAUGAUGAAAUGGUUAAGAAGCUCCUCAAAAUCCCUAGAGGCUCUACCAAAUGUGAAGUCGUCUUCUUUGAUUGGGGGAAAAAGUAGAGAACAUAGUGAGUUUUUGGGAUGAUUUUGUGUAAAAACAUUACUAGUUUCAUCGGGUUGGUUGAUAAUGACUUUUGUUAUUUUGCUAUUUGGACUAUUUGUUCUCUGUAUCUUGUCAUUAUAUUAUUAGCCAUAAAAGAACCACCACCAAAAUGAAAUUUGAAUUUUUCAUGA